AUGAACAUCAACCGCGACCCGUUCGGCCUGCGCCCCUCGAUCGCUCCCAAUAACGCCUUCUCCGUGCUGCAGCAGUCGGCCGCGCGCAACGCCGCCCGCUAUUCGCAGAAGAUCGUCGAGAGCGGGCAGCAGGCCCUGGAAUCCGGCCGCCAGGCCCUCGAGGACGUCGCCGCCAGCGACCAGUGGCAGGCCGUCCAGCAGACCGCGACCGACGCCAUGGCCUUCGCCGUCCCGCGCAACGUCCCCAACUUCGACGGCCCCCAGCGCCGCUUCGAGGACUCGGCCUGGGCCAGCUCCGGCCGCUCGCGCUUCCCCGCCUCGCCCACCCCCGACACCAACAAUGGCGUCAUCGCGAGCAGCAGCGGUGCCGCUGGCGCUGCUGGCGCCGCCGUGACCGACCGCCUCGGUGGCAUGUUUGGCGACGGCGGCAAAGAGCUCCCCAUGUAUAAGGACAAGCCGUACAACUACGGCAGCUCCGCCCGUCGAGGCUGGUUCCGCCGCCGACGGACCCUCAUAUUUGGUGCUCUCGCCUUCUUCGUUUUCCUAUACUGGUUCGGGGUGUUUUCGAACUCGGAGGAGAAUAAGGGAACUAGCGGCUCUGGGCUCUUUAGCGGCAUGAUGUCGGGCAAGACGUCGGCCGUCGUCGACUGGGACGAGCGGCGUGACCGCGUGCGGGACGCCUUUAAGCUGAGCUGGGAUGCGUACGAGAAAUACGCCUGGGGCUACGACGAGUUUCACCCCGUCUCGAAGAAGGGCCGCCAGAUGGUGCCGGGUGGAAUGGGCUGGAUCAUCGUGGAUGCGCUUGACACGCUCAUCCUCAUGAACCUGACGACCCAAUUGACCCAUGCCCGUGAGUGGGUCUCGACUUCCCUGGACUACGAAAAGGACCACGAUGUCAAUACUUUUGAGACGACCAUCCGCAUGCUGGGUGGUCUGCUCUCUGCUCACUACCUGAGCACUGAGUUCCCCCACUACGCGCCUAUUGCUUUGAAGGAGGGCGAGGAGGACCUGUUCCAGGAGAAGGCCGCUGACCUUGCGGACCGUCUGCUGGGCGCAUACGAGUCUAACUCGGGCAUUCCGUACGCUAGCAUCAAUCUCAAGACGGGCGAGGGCAUCCGGUCGCACGCCGACGGCGGUGCUUCUUCGACGGCUGAGGCGACGAGUCUCCAGCUCGAGAUGAAGUACAUCGCUAAGCUGACAGGCGAGGUGCACUACUGGGAGAGGGCGGAGAAGAUCAUGAAGGUCGUGGAUGACUUGGAGCCUGAGGACGGCCUCGUGCCCAUCUUUAUCAACCCCGACCGCGGCGUCUUCCAAGGCCACAACAUUCGCCUGGGCAGCCGCGGCGAUUCCUACUAUGAGUAUCUCAUCAAGCAGUAUCUGCAGACGUCCAAGCAGGAGCCCGUUUAUAAGGAAAUGUGGGAGGAGACCCUGUACGGCAUGCGGAAGCACCUUAUCACCUACUCGUCUUCGGCGAACUUGACUGUCCUCGGCGAGCGGCCCAACGGUCUGGGUGGCGAUCUCUCGCCCAAGAUUGAUCACUUGGUGUGCUUCUUGCCUGGCACCAUUGCUCUGGGUGCAACGGAGGGUAAGACGCUUGCAGAGGCUCGUCAGAGCCCCUCGUGGGGAAAGAAGCAGGAGGACGACAUGGAGUUGGCAAGGGAGCUCAUGAAGACGUGUUGGGGUAUGUACAAGGUCACCGCAACCGGCCUAGCGCCCGAAAUCACCUACUUCAAGGUGGACGAGCCGCCACGCAUGUGGGAGAGCUGGGCCGACAAGGUGACGAGCCCGGCCGAGCUGGACGACAGCAAUGAAGCCAACUGGAAGUCCGACUACGACAUCAAGGUGGCGGACAGGCACAACCUGCAGCGCCCGGAGACGGUCGAGUCGCUGUUCUACAUGUGGCGCAUCACCGGCGAAGUCAAGUACCGGGAAUGGGGCUGGGAGAUGUUCCAGGCGUUCGUCAAGUACACGCUCGUCGAAGACGGUUCCGGCUUCACGUCCAUCAACGACGUGACCAACCUCUCGCCGCCCGCCCGCGACAACAUGGAAAGCUUCUGGCUGGCCGAGACGCUCAAGUACCUCUACCUGCUCUUCGGUCCGGACGAUAUCCUGCCCCUCACCGACAUGGUCCUCAACACCGAGGCCCACCCGCUGCCCCAAUUCGAGAUGGGCAAGCUGUUCACGACGGGAUGGGAAAGGAAGCCAAGGUCGAAGGGCAGUUCGUAA